UUCGAAUUUGGCACCCGCUGUUGAAUACUGCGCCGAUCCUGUCUUGAAAGAUGAUCUAUCAUGGCGCAUAGCCAUUUCCGCCAGGAUCGGAAUACCUACGGGUUUGGACCUGGAAGACUUUUGAGCUUGCCUUGCCCCAAGAAUAGGUUCCAAAGUCUUACUCCUGUUCAGGGCGAUGCUGACCCCGACGAUUCAGAGCUUGAUGACAAUGACCUGGACGAUCGCAGUAAAGACCUUCUAGAUUGUUUGACCCUGACUGUCUCCUAUAGCUCUCCAAAACUUGCCAACGGUAGCCCUAAGCUCAGUUAUGGGCGCCAUACGCUUUAUUCUCAUGCUGAAAGACUCCCAAGCUCCUGCUCUACCAACCUAGACGACAAGUACCAUAGGUGGUGGAAUGAACGCGAAGUUGACAUCAAUGUUCUUCCAAUCAGCUCCGACUAUUCGUAUGUUCAGGACACAGAUGGAUUCUCAACCGGAGAAAUCAGCUUAGUCCUGGACGAAGCCUCUCGUAUGGCAACAUUUACUCAUGGAGGUUUGAAACGACGGAUUCAACUAGACAGACGUGUAGAAGUAUGGGAACUUCGCCAAAUACCUCACUUGAACGAGUACGAGUACGGACCCCGACUAAGGGUCUGA